UCCACUGGAAAGACCUCCGGUGUACUUUCAAAAUAAGACAACCGUAGAGUAAAUGUUCACCUGAAGUUUCUUUAAUCAUCUGCUGGGGGUUCUGAUCCCAGUACCAACCAGAACAGUGUGGACUGUUCUGUAUUCAUACUUUAUAUUACUGAGAAGAAGGUCACGAAACACGAUCACGUGACUAUUGUUCUGAAACAAACCGGAAGUGAAGGCGGUAAAUUCGAGAUUUAACCAUUGACACUAACCAGUGGGGGGGGGGACACAAAGCCUCAGACAUAAAACUGCCCCCCCAGGCUGCGGCGGAGGAGCUCGCCUCCCCAUGAAUGGAACCCGCGUCUCCUCACCCGACCGACUCCCCCAGAAGAAGCGGCUAAACCGGGGGGGCGAGGAGCGCGCGAGACACGGGUUCGGCAUGUCUCACUGACAGGAGAAGCAGACUCCUCAUCCUAACUCCUCCGGAUCCAUGACUGGACCCACCCCCCCGAGCCGGACUGGAACCUCCCCGGCCAAGUUGAGCCGGUACGGUCGGUCCCGGAGCUCCAGCUCCCUGUACCUCCUCCGCUGCAGCAGACAGGAGGCGUCCUCCUCCUCCCCCCCCUACCGGAGCCCCCAGUCUCCAGAGGAGGAGGAGAAAGAUGGGGGGGUUCAGUUCUACGUCAACCGGGGCGGCUUCCCUAUCGAGGGUUCUACCUGGGACCGGAUGUGGUCCCACGUGGCAGCGGUGCAUCCGGAAGGUCAGGAGAUGGUGACCAGGAUCAGGAACGCCGCCUUCCUUCCCAAACAUCCGGUCCCGGCGGUCCCAACGUUCCGAGCGUCCAUGUCGGUGUCGGACUGGCUGCUGACGGUCCAGAAGUACAUGAAGGCUUUGCAAUACAACCACACAGGAACCCAGUUCUUUGAGGUCAAGAAGAGCCGGCCGCUGUGUGGGCUGAUGGAGACGGCCAGAGAGAUGAUCAGAGAGUCUCUGCCAAUCAAGUGUCUGGAGGCAGUCAUCCUGGGGAUCAGCUACCUGACCAACGGGCUGACCACACUGGAGCGCUUCCCCAUCAGCUUUAAGACCCAGUUCUCGGGUCACUGCUUCCACCAUGUGGUUCUGGGAGUGUACUGCAAUGGCCGCUACGGGUCGUUGGGAAUGAGCCGGCGCCAGGACCUGAUGGACAAGCCGCUGACCCACCGGACCCUGGGAGACCUGGUGGCUGAAUUUGAGAGUUCCUACAGGAAGUACCAGCACUCUCUGACUAAGGUGAAGAUCGGCCUGUACGUGCCUCAUGACCCCCACGUCUUCCAGCCAAUCGAGUGGAAGUAUUUGGUGCUGAACGUUUCCCGCCUCGGAGCCGAAGAGAUGAAGAAGGAGCUGGAGAAACACGGCCGAGACAUGAAGAUGAAGAUCCUGAAGUCCUCAAGUGCCCAGUCUCCCAUCAAGGAGCGCAGCCGGGGGAAGUCCUUAUCGCCACGGCGACGGCAGGGCAGCACCCAGCAGCCAUUUGUGCGGCGCCGAGACAAAUCGUCCUCAGUGGAGAGGAAACCAGCAGAGCUCAGCACCCUCAGCGACGGCUACCAGAUCCGCAUCUGAUUCUGUGCCGGCAGAACCUGGAUCAGCUGAUCUGGAGGCGGACUUCCUGUUCAGUGAAGCACUUUUCCUAACAAGGGGGGAGGGGGGCGUCGGCCAUGUUUGUUCUGCGGGUUUGAAGCUGCGGGUUUUUCAAAAUCAAAGUUUUAGUUCAGUUGAGAAAAGUUUCCUGCUGAAAAUCAAGAACCGUUUAAGACUUUGGGAGUCUGGAGUCCAGAAUGAGGGUCCCGCUGGACCUCAGACCCAGCAGUAUGUCGGACUCCGGCUCUUUACCAGCGGUUCUGUUCAGAAUCUUUCUGGAUGGAGGUUCUGGAUCCAGUCAGGGUCUGGGGGUCUGCAGGACCUUGUCCUGUUGGCUUCAUGGAGCCAGGACCAGCAUGCAUUGGGGCGGUCUGAGACUUGGUUGAGGGUCAGCACAGACUCCGAGUUUAGAACCCGAGAAGACCCAGGCCAGCCGAGACAGUCUUUCAGCAAAGCAUGCUGGGAAAUGUAGUCAUCGUUCUGAGAACCUGACUCAGUUUCUGGAUCUCCAGACGCUCAGAGUCUGAGAAGCACAAACCGUUCUGGUCCGGAAGCUGGAAAGCUGCCGGCUGGAGGACAGAUCUGCGUCUCCUCCUCAGAGGAGGUCCGCCUCAGAAGGAGGAGACGCAGACACUCGGAUGCCUUCAUGCUGGCAUGGAAAUCAGUUUUAUCUGCAUGUUUUUAAAGUUUUCCUCUGAAGUUUGAAAUGUUUCUGACGGACUUGAUGACACUGGGGGGGGUCCAGGGUCGUGCACUUUCACAUGCACGCUCUUCAAACCCUUUCUCCGUUUGUGGAUUAUUGUGACAGUGGAUGCAGACUGUGGAAACGUGACCCCCCAGAAAUGAUCUGUUUUUCAUCUGCAAAUGUAGCAGGAUGUGUUUGAAUAAAACUCUAUGGUUUGUA